ACCAUCAUGCCUCGGGGAUUCUUGGUGAAAAGGAACCGGCGCAGUUCGUCAUCCUACCGACCACGCAACACAAGCCCCCAGACUGACUCGGAGGUGACCAGUCCGGAGAGGCCAGGGACGACUGGGGCAUGGAGCGCAGCACAGGUCGAGUCACCCGCUUUGAUCCCGGUGUCCCGAGAGGACUCGACUUGGGGCUCACACGUGGAGUCCGCUCUGGAGGCGGAGGCGGAGCGGCGUGCGCAGUUACCGGAGAGUGACGAGCCCGAGGUUCUGACCCCGGACUGUGGCGUCUCCUGCUUCUUCUCUCCGCCACCUAUCCCAGCAGGGACGCUUCACGACUCGUGCAGUCCAGUCAAACCUGUCGGAACCAGGCUGCCAGAGCAGGAGAACAAGCCCAUGUACCCGACUUUGUGUCCGGUGACGGCGGAGUUUCAGUUUCCGGUGAGCUCACUGUCCAUCGAGAGACUUCUAGCGAGCAGCAGCGCGCAGUCUUACGGUGCUUUAGAGAAGUAUGAGCCCAACCUGUCCGGCAUGUUCCAGCAGCACCCCCUGGCUCAUGAGGCGAGGAAGCGCGAGGGGCCCGAUCUCAGCACCAGCAGGCCCAAAAGUGCACAGAAGAAAUCGAAAGGGAACAAAAAACUCACCUUCGAAGACGAGGUGACCACGUCUCCGGUGCUGGGUCUUCAAAUAAAGAAGGAGAGCCCGGAGGUGAAGAGAAGCAGGGACAAGUCCAGCAGUCAGCCACUGGGGGAGUUCAUCUGCCAGCUGUGCAAGGAGGAGUACGCCGACCCCUUCGCUCUCGCGCAGCACAAGUGCUGCCGAAUAGUGCGCGUGGAGUACCGCUGCCCCGAGUGCGACAAAGUCUUCAGCUGCCCCGCGAAUCUGGCGUCGCACCGGCGUUGGCACAAGCCGCGGCCGGCCGUGACCAACCAGGCGGUAGAGGCGAAGGGGAAGGAGAACCAGCACGGCAAUCAGCACCACGCGCGUGCUCGCUCCCCCACCAGUUCGGACUUCGACUCCGCGCCUCGUUACCAGGCAGAGCUCGGGGGUUUGGACCUGCAGCAGCAGCGCGUCCGAGCAGCGGACAGUCCUCCAUCCAGCCUGCUCCUGAUGAACGCGGACGUGGACCUGCCACCGCCGCCCCUCCAGCGGCCAUCCCUGUCGUUCCUCCAAGCCGUCCCGGAGGAGGAGGUGUACGACUGCCGUUACUGCGGGAAGAAGUUCCGGCGCCGCGCCUUCCUGCGGAAACACCUCGCCGCGCACGAGCUGCCUCCGCGCGCCUCUCCGCCGACCUACAGCCAGGUGUUCGUGUGCCACCUGUGCGGCGCGCGCUUCCCGACGGCUGAGAUCAGAGACAAACACCGGCUGUGGCACGAGAUGCGUGGGGAGGUUUUGGCGGGAACUCUAGGUACAGGACUGAGGCCGGAAGUGUUUCACCACGUGAACGCGGAUGACAGCGGCAGAGAGCGUGAGCCCCGACAGCAGAUCUUUACGUGCACGCACUGCCUGUCCACCUUCUUCAGCCCCACCGGACUGUCCCGACACGUCAGCAAGUUUCAUCCGACACAGAACCGGAGCGUGAUCGUCCGGGACGUCACGGCGCACCACUGAACCAGCCAAACUUUUAUGACGUCAUGCGCAAGAAUGGGAAGUUUCUUUAAAAUAUUUGCAAAGAAAAACGGAUUACGAUAAAUAUAAAAACAUGUACAGAAUACGCUAGAGCAUUUUUCUUGACUCAUGUUGUGAAGCUAUCGAGGGAGAUUUCAGUUACUAUAAAUAAAUUGUCUUUAAAAUCGCUGUCCAUGGUGCUGAAACUCUGCAAAGCAUGGCGACAGCAUAAAUACCAUCUUUGAUGAAAAUGUGUUCCACCUACCUAAAGGCUCUUUAAGACGACUAAAAUGUACAGGAAAUAAUUUAAAUUUUAUUAGACUCGUUGAACACAAAUUCAGAUAUUUAAUAUAUAAUCAUAUUUGGAUCAACAAAACAACGUGUGGCUGCUUUAUGCUGCUGCUGAUUUAUCAUGUGAAACAAGCAUACUGCAGAGGAAGUUUCACAGUGAUUUAUUUGAAGCUGGCUUAACAUUAUUUUGACAUAUCAAGUGUAGAAAUAAAAGUCGAUAAAUGCUGACCGGUACGAGUUGUUUAUUGUCAACAACUUUGCACAUGCUCUCAAGAUGAUACACAUAUGUACAGACUGUGUACAGGUUUCUUUGUAACAGCAAGAUUGUUUGUCAGAGUGUGUGUGGCUAUACAGCUGUUGCUCAGUAAACACAUGCAGUUGCUCAUCAGGCGUCAUGCACUACAAUACAGUCAGUAGUUAAACAUCUGGCGACAGUUUGAAUCCGUUUCUGUCACAGUGAGUACAUCACACAGGCACAAAGGUUCCAAAUUUGCAUUCAGUGGAAGUGAAAGAAACAUCAGUGUUCUUGUUUGAAGAGAUCAAGCCGCCACAGAAAACGGGUUUGAAAUGUUGUGAAUGGUUGAUGUGGAAGAAGAUGAGGAUAUAAACAGCAUUUAUAAAACCUGUGUGACUCAUUUUACGUUUUUGAAAAUUGAAAAACAUAACUGAGCGACAAUUGUACAAAGUACAUAUGUUGUACCAUAGUGGAAAUGAGACAGUUAAUUUCAGCAAGUGGAUUUGUUUCUUUACACUACAUUAUUAUUUUAUAAUUAUUAUUCAAUAAUUUUCAUUAAAAGCAGUUAAUACUUAGCGGUCAGUAUGCACGACGUUGUAGCUACACUUAUGUGCCACUGAUGUGAUGCACCAGCAUGAAAUGAAAAUUCAGAGCGACAUCAUUGAAACAACUUUGUGCCACAACAGUUUUGUUUCCUUUCUCAAGAUGAAUAAAAAAAGGCCAAUAGAGCAAAUUACAGACAAGAAAAUUGUCCCACCUGAAUUGUGAGAUUGUUCUUAAUUAAAAAAAAAAAAAAAAGCAGAGCACACUGCUUAUCUGAAGGUGUUUCUGAUUAAAAUCCACUUGCCAACAUCAAACAGCUUAUUCAGAUCAUCUGCAAUAGUGAGUCAUGACGGGAUCAGAACAGCUGUCACUAAAAUACUAAUCUGAAAGGCACAUGGCUUGUGAUUCUGCUGCCUGGCAUGUCGGAGCGAGGACUCAAAAUAAAAUCCCAUAUUCAGCAGUAGUGUUGCGUCGUAAUGGUAUACAAGGAAGCUGUUAAACAUCUAUAAAUAAUUCACAUGUGACAACAGGUUUUAGGCCGACAUUAUUUUUGUCAUUUGCGUGAAAGACGUGUGUUUUAAGUGUUGCAGGAGAACAUUUAGGACAAUCUUCAUCGUGAAAAGAAAAUACUGCCUCAAUAAAUGUGUUCAUUAUUUAGAGAAUCUACUGACAGUGUCGAUCAAAGUUGGAUGUGUUGGGACGUGUUCUGCUUUU